CGGCAGCGGUGGCACGUCGUCGUCGUCGUCGGUGUACAUUCACGCCCAUCACCCACGCUGACAUCAAACUUUUUGGAUAAAAGUGUCGUUUGUUCUCGAAGGAAAACACGCACAAAGCAAAGUUUGGAAAAUGUCUGGUGACUCGUGGGCGGUGGCUGUCGACUUUCAAGAGGUUUCCAACCCACCAAUGCAGGUAAAAGAGGAGGUGAACACCGGCUUUUAAAAGUGACCGUUACACCUAAUUAACAAGCUAAACGGGCCAUAGCGGAUAUUAGCUCGACGUGCUACAUAACUGCUAUACUGACGCGCUAACUCGAACAUUUUACAGCUAAUAAUUUAAUAAAUUUCGUUUUGUUUGAACAGUUUGACUUCUCCAAAAAAGUGGAUCGAAUUAGGGCUCCACGUACCAUGAGAGGAGACAUAAAUGGUAACUUUAUUUUCAUCUAUUUUGAGCUAUUACCCUGUUUAAAUGCUCGUUUUGGAGGUGUUUUAACUGUUUUUAUCAGGUAACCUUGUGCCAGAGAAGAAAGAAAAUGGAGGUGUGAAGAAAGAUGGGGACGGUGUGGACCUGGCUGAGCAGUCCCUGCUGAAUAAACUGAUCCGCAGAACUCUGGUCCGGAACAGGAACCAAGUGGAGGUCCAGCAGAACGACCCCUCCUCUCCUCUGUACUCAGUCAGGUCUUUUGAGGAGCUCAGGCUGUAAGUUGGGCUGUCAAACAGGUGUACAGAGCAGACAUGCAUUCAUACAUUAUAUCCACCCAGAGUAAUUUCCAGUUGUUUCCUAGAGAUCUAUACUCAUCUGUGGUGUUAUCUCAGGAUAACAAAAUGGGAUAACACAAUCACACAGAAACAAACUUUGUUAUUUGUGGAUUAUUAGAUAAAUUAUUAAUUAUAGGGGUGUCCAGAGCACAUAGUGUCAAUACGUGUGUCAAAGUAGAGCUACUCCUGGUCACAUAUUAUGCCAACUCAGGUCAAAUUUACCUUCAAGUUAACCUAAAAUGUAUUCACCCACAAAAUUAUACUUAUACUUAUUAUACUUAUUACUUACGUCUGUACAGAGCCAUUCCUCUCGAUGAAAUGAGUGCAGGCGAGUGUCCACAGUCGCAUACUCAAAAUCUUGACCGAUUUGAGUACGUCAUCUGGGUACUUUUGCAUACUCAGUUUUCACAUACUAUCCAUACUUUUUUCCAUUUUGAGUAUACUCCAAAUUUUAAGUAUGUAGUAUGGAAGUAUGCGAUUUGGGACACACCUUAACUUUUUUCCCAAAGAGCACCUGAGCUCCUAAGUUGAAAAAGAAAAUAAUAAGAAGAAGAAUAAUGUGUAUCUUCUUGGUCAACAUGAGCACUAUUAUUUGAAAUCAAUUUUAGGUCACACGUUGGUCACAUGACAUGGAAGCUAUUGAAGAAAAUGUUCAAAAUUUGCUUUUAAAUUCAACACAAAAAUUUUUAGAGGACAAAUUUGGGAAAUAAAGAGGUGUGUCUUAUUGUCCUACCUUAGUACUAUUAUUUGAAAUCAAUUUUAGGUCAAUUGGUCACAUGACAUCUUAAUGAUUUUAAAAGGAAACUCAAAACAUACCUUUUUAGUCUUGCUUUUAACCAAGUUUUAUAUCAUUAAUUUCAAGUGUUUUAGCCUUUAUCUCUUUCUAGUUUCAAUGACAGGAUAGUCUUUUAUUAAGGUAUUUUGGUGCUCUUAUUUUAGUGUCUUUUACAGUUUUUAUAUUUCUUAAAUGUUAUUCUAUGUUACUUUGUUCUUAGAUUUUCACCCAAACCUUCAGUGUUUCCUUAUCUUGAGUUUUAAAAUGGCGUGUCAUCAGUGCAUACAUGCUGUUUCCACAAAAUUGAGCCCUUUUUUAAGCAUUUAAGCAUGAAUUUUAAUCCAUGUUUCUGUUGCGUUUAGAUCGCGGGGUGAGAAUGAGGGGUUGGGCUGGGGUAGAUUUGGGUAUUCUUUGUUUCCUUGAUUCCUUUUCUGUGUAAAGGAUUUUGUGCUACAUGUUCGUGUAUGAAAAGUGCUAUAUAAAUAAAGACUGAUGGAUGACAUGGAAGCCAUUGAAGGUAAACAGCCUUUUUGAGAACAUCAACCGGUAAUUUAUUGAUGGUCCCUUAUAACCGCACCAACAACCAACAACCUGUGUAAAUAUGAAGCAUGCAUUCUUAGGGCAUCUGUUGCAUUCAUAAAACCUCUCAGCCUUCAGCUUAUGAUUUUUGUGUGUUGCUCUUUAGGAAACCUGAGCUUCGGAGAGGUGUGUACACAAUGGGCUUCAACAGACCAUCCAGGAUCCAGGAGAACGCCUUACCCAUGAUGUUAGCUCAGCCGUGAGUAGAUUUGACCGCCUUAAUUUAUUCCAGGAACAAGUGAUUAUCAUGAAGCCUGUCAUCUGUUGUGGAGUUCAUCAAAAAGGGUUGUUAUUUUUCUGCUGCCUUAGGCUCUAGGAGAUCAGGAUUUGCACUUACAGUCUUGUAUGUGGUUGAAACUUGUCAUCAAAGUGUCUGUGAUUAAUUUAAUUCACGUCUUUGUUUUUCAGACCUCAGAAUCUGAUCGCCCAGUCCCAGUCCGGCACUGGGAAAACUGCUGCUUUUGUUCUGGCCAUGCUCAGCAACAUUAACCCAGCCAAUAAGUGGACUCAAGUAAACUUUGACUUAAAAUUAAAAAGUAUGUGUAUCUAAAAAGCUGAUGAAUACUCGCCAUUAAGAAUUUGUGCGCUUUUUCAGUGCCUUUGCAUCUCGCCAACCUACGAGCUCGCGCUGCAGAUCGGUCAAGUGGUCGAGCAGAUGGGGCAGUUUUGUCCUGAUCUGAGGCUGGCGUAUGGUAUUCGUGGAAACCGAAGUAAGCUACUCAGUCGUGACUGUGUUUAAAAAAAACUGAAAGCGAACACCAUUAGGCGAGCACAGCUGUGUUUUUUGUUUUUUCCUUCUGUUUAGUGGAGCGGGGCGUCAAGUUGCAGGAGCAGAUUGUGAUCGGAACACCAGGCACAGUCCUGGACUGGUGCACCAAAUACAAGCACAUCGACCCCAAGAAGAUCACCAUGUUUGUCCUGGAUGAGGCCGAUGUGAUGAUCGCCACUCAGGGUCACCGGGACCAGAGCAUCCGCAUCCACAGGUGAAACUCGACUCAUGGCACUGAAAGAGAGGCAGGCUUGUUUUCUCCUUCAUUACCUUGUUCUCUCUCUCUUUGCCUCCGUACAGAAUGCUGCCCAAGAUCUGUCAGAUGCUCCUCUUCUCAGCCACUUUCGAGGACUCGGUGUGGAAGUUCGCAGAGCAGGUCGUCCCCGAGCCUAACAUCAUUAAGCUGAAGCGAGAGGAGGAGACACUGGACACCAUCAAGCAGUUCUACGUGGUCUGUAGGGAGAAGGAGGACAAGUUUACAGCUCUCUGUAAUCUGUACGGCAGCCUCACCAUCGCACAGGCCAUGAUUUUCUGCCACGUGAGUCAGCUGUUCGAACAUUUGACGUUAAAGCAAUCCCAACAUUGGAAAACUAGGUGUUUUGGGUUUUGAAUGGUGUGUGACAGGCUGAUGAGAGUCCUGUAUUGGAGUUGCAUCAGCAUCACCAGGGGGGAAAAAAAAGUCUCUUUGUUGCUCACCAUUAUUGCUGUGCAGUCACUCUGGUCGUUUCACUCUCUGGUUUUGUCUGAUUCUGAAGUUGAUCCCUAGUUUUAGGAGCAGACAGAAAUGCAUGUCCAAGAAAACCUAAUGGGACCAUCGCAAACUUUCAGUAAUGAUGGAGGAAUUCUGUCCAAGCCUUUCAGUCUGAGUUGCAACUUGGGAAAUGGAGUUGAAGUUAAAAGGCAAAAUCGAACCCUGGACUUGAACCAGAUCUGUGUGUGGUCAUUUCGGUCCAUCAACAUCUGCCAGCUGCAUUUUCAAAGCACAGCAUGAGAGUUACAACUCCAAGGAUUUCUCACAUUAAACACAGAAUCAACAGGUCUAAGAGACCUCUGACCUGUUGACCCCAGGCCUUUAUGUCAGUGUAGAUAAGUGAAAAACAUUCUGGCGUUUCAUUUUGAGAGUUAACUGGAUGUUUCAUUAUUGUUAUUACAGUCUCUCUGCUGAUUGAUUUGUUGUCCUCCAGCGUCCGCCAAAAAUUGAAGCCAAGAGUACCCGCGGAGGGCUCCGGAUUGCCGGAGCUGCGGCAGACAAGAAUCAAUCAGGAGUCACAGACGAAGAAUUUUGUCCCUCUGUAACUCUUAAAAGUAAAAUUAUGACAAGAAACCACCUGGUAGAAACUAGAAUAAAGGAUUCAGGUGUUGUCCUAUCCCUCCACACUUCUUAAGAGACAUUUUUACAUUUGACUGGAUUUUGUAAACACGUUCAAAUGACGACGUUCACCAGUUUCUAUUUGAUGCUUUGACUUUUGACCCUUAAGUUGAUUAACUGAAGCGUAAUGGUGUGUUUGAAUUACUUAGGAAGUCAGAUGUUGGAGCUGAAAAUGGCGUUACACCUGAGUUACCAGCGUUUCGGUUAUAAAGUCGGGGAAAAAAGAAAAAUCGGAGGCUUGAUUCAAGAUGGCUACAUCUACAAAAGUUAUUUUAGUGCUUGCCUUAUAUUCAGACAAGGCAAGCGCUAAAAUAACUUUUGUAGAUAAAGCCAUCUUGUUUCUGCGUUUCAGUUUUAGAUACCAAGUUGGAAAAAAGCAAAAUCAGAGGCCUGACUCAAGAUGGCUACAUCUACGAAAGUUAUUUUAGCGCUUGCCUUGUGCUUGCCUUAACUUUUGUAGAUGUAGCCAUCUUGUUUCCGCCUCCGAUUUUGCUUUUUUCUGGCCUGGUAACUGAAACACUGGUAACAUGGGUGUGACGUCAUUUUCAGCUCAGACUUCCGAGGUAACUCAAACACAUCAUUAAUUCUGUGGUAAUGUAACUGUUGCUGUGGGCCUGCUAACAGAGCUUACAAACGUACGGUUACACCCUCAUAUUGUUGUGAUAUGAAUAUGAAGUUAAACAUUUGCUCACAUUUUCUUCAGACUCGCAAGAUGGCGGCUUGGCUGGCUGAAAACCUGAGCUUAGAGGGCCACCAGGUGGCGCUGCUGAGCGGGGAGCUGACUGUAGAGCAGAGAGCUGCUGUCAUCGAGCGCUUCAGGAACGGGAAGGAGAAGGUGCUUGUGACCACGAACGUGUGCUCCCGAGGUGAGGGGGAAUGAGAUCAGCAGGAGUCCUCACAGCUCUUCGGUUUGUUAAUGCAUGUCUCAGACCUCUUUGUGGUUCUGUGGAGCUCAGGUAUCGACGUGGAGCAAGUGUCCCUCGUGGUCAACUUCGACCUCCCGGUGGACCUGGACGGAAACGCCGACAAUGAGACGUACCUGCACAGGAUCGGUCGCACGGGGCGCUUCGGCAGACGAGGAUUUGCCGUGAACAUGGUUGACAGCAAACACAGCAUGGAUAUCAUCAAACAAAUCGAGAUGCACUUCAGUAAGUCCUGUUUGUUUUUUACAGUUUGAUGGAGUAAAAAGAAGAACCCUAAUAAACCGUUUCAUUCCUCCCUCCUCUCACAGACAGGAAAAUCUCAAAACUCGACACCACCAACCUGGAAGAAAUGGAAGCUCUGAUCAGCUGAACGCGUCUCUGUUUGCACUCGCAGUUACUGAAGCAGUGUUACCUGAAGUGACUGAAGUUCUUUCAGGGGUUUAUUGUUUGCGUUUUACUGUUUACAGAAAAAAAAGAAAAGAUAAAUGCUGACCUUUCUAACUCUUCAUGGCAGAUAUUUGUGCCAAAGUUUUCACUUGAAUUAAUUUGAUGUGUCCGACUCGGAUUGUUCACUGAAGUCACCUUAAAGCCUUAAAGCAGUCUCUCCCAGAGACUCUAAACAAACCACUGGCUGUUAAAACAGCCCGCAGGAGUGGUGAGAAUACUACAGUUUGUUUGUUUGUUUGUUUGUUUGCAGUGUUUUUUUGAUUGUUUGAAGUGAAUUAUGAUUAUUUUAUUAUUGUAGUAUCGGAACAUAGCAAUGUGUCUUAUCCUUAGGCGUAUGCACGGCUUACACAAGGUUGAGUUUCAGAUUCAGUUUCCUUGAAUGACUUGAAGCAUUUUAAGAGGUAAAUGCCCGUUUCUGCCGGUUAUCGAGUUUCUAAAAAUUUUGAGUUGGUGAGAAAUCAAAUUGUGAAGUUUUGUGUGCCGAAAAGAAAAACAAUAAAUACUGUGGCAUGUUCAAGUGGUGGAGUUUGGUUUUAUUUUCGAAAAUAUCAGGUUACAACUUCAUUUUAAGUGUCCAAACAAUGAAUUAGUAUGUUGUAUCUUGUAUUGAUCAUGAUGGGACUACAUUUUCAGUCACUGUGCAGCAUGUUUAAAAGAAAAAGAGCAAAUAUAACCUCUUUCUUAUUACUUUGGUCUGAUUUAAUUUGUGUGUUUUGGUCUAGAAACAUGUUUACAGGUUACAGUAGGCUACAGUAGACUGAAAUUUUUGCAGUGAACCUUGAACUCUGAUAGUUUCCAUAAUAAAAAGACGAUACUGAAUGAGAAUGUUUGACCCUGAGGACACAGAGUUUAAUUCGAAAGCGAUCCUCCUGAUAAAAGAUAUUUGUGAAAAACAGAGUGUAAUUAUGUUACAGUUUAUUUGAUGAGCGCACAAAUGUCCGUCUCGCUCCUUAUCCUAAUAUGACAGCCAGGAAGAUUCAAUUUAGCUUUGACAAAUGAAAAAGGAAAAUCGAGUAAAUGACAUCAAUAAAAAUAUGAAAGUGCUUUCUGCUGAGAUAUCUGGAAUCACAGGGAUGAGUAAAAUGUUCUUUUAAUGAGUAACCCCCGGCGGUUAUUGUUUUCAUAAUUACAGAUCUAUUAUUUCUGAGUUUCCUGCUCAUUUUGAG